AUGCUGUCGUUUCAACAUUUGUCGAGCUUUUGUGCCGCUCUCUUCGUCCUUCUAGACCCAGUGGAAGCUGGUCUGGACAAUAAUACUUCCCCAACAUCGAUAUUCCGAUCGCGACCGGAUCUACACGCUCCUAUUAUCAACUUCGAUAUCCUCAGACCGGAACUUGUUGCCCCAGGCUACAUCUUCCUUGCCCCAUACCGGAACACAGACCCCGGACCGUAUAUUUACGACAACAAUGGGCAGCUCGUCUGGUCGAGUGCAGGUACAAUGGGUGGUUCAACUGCCCAUAACCCUCAUGUCUGCGAGUAUCAGGGCGCAGACCAUAUCUGCUUCUUCCAGGGGCACCAGCAUCACGGGUGGGCACGUGGACAUGGCAUUAUCAUGAACAAGAACUACCGCGUCGUGCAGACUGUGGAGGCUGUCGGCGCUGCAACUCAGAUGGACAUGCAUGAGUUCCGUUUGAUCGAUGGUGGUAAGCGAGCGCUGGUCACGAUUUACCAGCCUCGACAGUACGACCUGGGUGCAUUUGGUCUUGGUCCCGGCCUCGGCUGGAUCCAUGACAGCCUGUUCCAAGAAAUCGAUGUUGAGACUGGAGAGCUGCUUUUCGAGUGGCGCGCCUUGGACCACAUUGCUCCCAGCUUCUCAUACACAUGCAUCGACUGCACCGACACAAGCGGAAACGGAAUGACAAGAGACACACCAUGGGACUUUUUCCACAUCAACUCGAUCGAUAAGAACGCGGACGGCGACUACUUGAUCUCUGCUCGCCAUGUGGGUGCGGUCUACAAGAUCUCGGGCGUGACUGGCCAUGUUAUCUGGCAGCUCAACGGCGCGAAUCCGACUUUCAAGAACGUGAACCUGCACUUCUCAAGCCAGCACCAUGCGCUGUUCUUCAAAGAGAAUGCGACGCAUACGUUGAUCAGCUUGUUCGACAAUGCAAGCAACACUUUCAACAUCACGAAUCCAGAGUCGCGCGGCAUGCUCAUCGGUAUCAACCACGUGGAACGCAUUGCAAGCAAGCUUCACGAGUGGCGAGCACCAGAAGAGAAGGGCAUUCUGUCCGGAUCGCAGGGCAAUAUGCAAAUCCUGCCUGAAAAGAAUGUCUUGAUUGGUUGGGGUGAUCACGCUUACUUCUCCGAACAUCUGCCCAGCGGUGAAGCCGUGAUGUAUGGAAAGGUAGCUCAACGGGCAAGCGACGUGAUGAUGUAUCGCUGCAAUAAGUACGUCUGGAAAGGCGAGCCUUUGACUACACCAAGCCUGUGGACCUAUUCACGAACUGGAUCUGGAGCCUCGAACAUGGUCUUCUAUGUAAGCUGGAAUGGUGCGACGGAAGUGCGUCACUGGAACUUUUACACAUCGGACUCGGCGACCGGACCUUGGGAACUUAUCGGCAAAACGAACAAGACCGGCUUUGAGACAGAGUACACGCUCUCGGCUUCGAUGAGCUGGGCGUAUGCUGAGGCGCUGGAUGUUGACCGCAAGCCGCUGAAGCACGGGCGAUCGAGCAUCGUGAAGACCUUUGUACCUUCUGACCUGAUCGUGUUCGGCUGCGAUGAUCGUGGAUGCGAUGAUGUCUUGCCUCUCCGAGAAGGCGAGAUCUUCAAUAAGACGAUGCCAGAGGUCGCUGCACCAACGCCGAGAGUCAACACAAUUCCCUUUACCAUCCCCACGCCAACCCACAACGCCCACCAUCCUGAUCACAGAACCGAAUGGCCCCCCAUACGAUGUGGAGAGUCCAAGUGA